GGUUGACAGCCUUUUUCUGGGGAUGACUCAAGCUUAGAUUGUUUGUUGGUUGCAAUUCAAGAUCUACCAUCAUUGUCCUCCAACCCCGCACAACAUGGGCAAGUCUAAUCUAGAGCUGGUCAAAGAAUGCGACCGAUUCCCGUAUUACCAGGACGACCCCGCAUACUAUACCGAGCACUUGAAGAACCACCAUUUCUUCAAAGUGACUGGAUGCGAUGCGGUGCUGGGAUACAUCUUGAACUCGGUGAUCCAGAAGUUCCACUGGCCUGAAGACUGCUGGGCAAUUGACUCCGAGAACCGGACGGUGACGCUGGUGACCGCUCCGGAUGCCACGGCCGAGCAGCGGAGUGAACUGGUCGCCCGGACUCUGGCCGAAGCGGUAAAGAGGGACACAUUUGAGAUCCUCCGGGGCUGGCGUGAUGAGCUGUAUCCCGUCUACGGGCCCAACGGCGAGUUCCUGCUCGAGAUGGAGCGAUCGGCCAGCCCGCUGUUCGGCAUCGUCUCCUACGGCGUGCACUCCACGUGCUACGUCGAGGACGCCGACGGGAUGCGGCUCUGGAUCCCCAGACGCUCGCGGACAAAGCAGACGUACCCCGGUAUGCUCGACAACUCCGUGGCGGGCGGAAUGAGCUCCAAUGAGCACCCGUUCGAGUGUCUCGUCCGGGAGGCCAGGGAGGAGGCUUCCCUACCAGAGGAGGUGACGAGAGCCAACGCUGUAGCCGCCGGUUGUGUCACUUAUUUCUACGUCCGGGGGCCCAAGGCUGGCGGGGAGACCGACCUGGCGCAGCCUGAAGUGGAAUACAUCUUCGACGUGAAGGUCGAUGCCGACGUGGUGCUGAAACCUGGAGACUCCGAGGUGGAGCAGUUCCACUUGCUGUCUGUUGAAGAGACAAAGAAGGCCCUGGCCAAUGGAGAGUUCAAGCCGAACUGCGCAGUGGUCCUGAUCGAUUUCUUCAUCAGACACGGCAUCCUGACGGCCGAGGACGAGCCGGAUUACCUGGAGAUCCUGGCCAGGAUACAUCGCCGCCUGGAAUUCCCCACAGCAUCGCACGCGACAAAUUAAACAAGCGAGGCGGACGCAAGUAUAUAGAGCAGAAAACAAGAUGUGAUAGGAAGAGAUAUUUAGUGGUUCUAUUUGAUAUACCCAUUCACCAAUCGAACGCCAGCGCUGCAAUCGAAGGACCCCAAUCAAUGCAAACAGACUUUUUUGGACUACCCCGGCCGCCAAUAUCGGGCCAGAUAACUCUUACAACCCAGGAAAGG